AUGGUCUCGCGACGGUCUCACACCAAGUCCCGACAUGGUACACCGUUUGCAUUAGGUUGUUCCAAUUGUAAAAGGAGAAGAGUGAAGUGUGAUGAGCAACGGCCAUUUUGUGGCAACUGUACUCAGCGACAGGAUGCGUGUGUUUACAAUGCCGAAGGUCCCUAUUUUUUCGCUGGCAAGCAAUCCAGAAGAACCAGACAAACAGGUUCAUGCUCAUCGACGCGUCAAAGACAUACUUCUCUAUCAUUCCCGGAAUGGGAUACAACUUUGAACACCUUCCGCUCUACAAAUGAAUCUGCUGAUUCUCCUGUCUUGAAUAUGGAGCAAUUACAGCUUGUAAUCCAGUGGAUUCAGCAUACUCAUACAUUUCUUGCCCGGAAUGAAGAAACCCGGAAAGUCUGGGAAACGGCGGUGUUGGAAGAAGGCCUAAAAGCUCCCUUCUUGAUGCAUGGAAUCUUAGGACUCUCUGCAUUGCAUCUGUCGUGUACACGGAGUUCCGAGCAAGGAAGAUGGCUGAGUAUUGCCAUAUCCCACAAGAACAAAGCGCUAUCCAUGUUUUCUGAGCAGCUUUCCAGCAUCAACCGCUCCAAUGCCAAAGCGAUGAUGAGUUUCGCUGGACUCGUCGUCAUAUUUGGACUUGGGAGUGCACUUACCCCCGGAACAGACGUUGGUCCUAGCCUUGAUGCAUUAAUUGAGAUUUUCACACUUGCACGCGGAGUGCAGGCUGUCGUUAACGAGGGGUUUCAAUUUCUAUUGCAGAGUAAUUUUGCACCGCUCUUCGAAGCAACGCCACCGACAAUACCAUUUGCGGAAGAUGUCUUGAUUGCCUUUGAUCAUCUCCGUGAAUUGAAUACUCAACUUGGCCAGCAAUCUGUUGGUCACGAUUCCGCAAGUUAUGAGCGAACGAUUGAACACUUGCGAGAUAUGGCAGCAUUUACUUGGGCACAACCUACAUCAAUGACUCUUGUGGGAGGAUGGGCUAUCCGAGCUCCCUCUCAGUUCAUGAGUGCUCUAGAAAGACAAGAGCCAUUUUCUCUUGUGUUGUUAGCCCAUUUCUGUGGUUUUUUGAAUAUGGCUCGUGGAAAUUGGUGUGUAGGACCCUGGGGCUCUAUGGUUUUGAAAGAGAUCAAUCAGCUGCUGCCUUCUGAUUGGCAGCGCCAUACCGACUGGCCAACUAGUCAGGUUUUGGGAAAGGAACAUAUCGACUCAAAUGUAUCACCAAUGGAAAAUUGA